AUAUAAAUGGAGGUGGGAAAAAUUGUGCCACACUUUACAAGAGCAUCUGGAUUUAUUCAGUAAUCAAAAAUGCUGUGGAAAAGUUUUGCACUUUUCAUCGGCAUCUGCCUAGCUCAGGGUUCUGCACAGACACCACAGGGAGAAAUACAGUUGACAUCGAUAAGCCUCCCCACGGAAUGUGUAAUGGACCCGUUGCAAAAGCAGUUGUGCGACUAUCGAGUGCAGUUGCUGGAGGAAAAAUCGAAUGUCGUGGCGAGUCUAAUAGAAGCGGAAAGAUCAAAGUGGAAAAUCACCAUAGACAGUUUGACUGAAAACUGUGAUUUGGAGGCGGCUAUAAUUGAGGAGGAGAUCAAGUGCCUUAAGAAAGAGCAAACCCUCAAAGACUUAAUUUGUGAUAUGAAGUUGAAAGAGAGAAAUAACGGCACGGAUUAUGUGGACCAACGCUUGCAAGAUUUGUUAGAAACAAUCAACAAGACGAUUGUGGACAAUAAUAAACCUGAUCUUCCGCAAGGGGAAUACGCCAAGAAGCUUGUGACGCGCCCAACAGGCAAAUAUUAUUUGAGCACUGUGCAGGUGAACUGGCACAUGGCGUGGAAGUUAUGCCAUCAAAAUGGCCUUCAAUUGGCCACUCCAGACACACAGGCGAAAAAUAAUGACUUGCUAGAAUUAAUGGCUGGCAGGGGCCAAAGCGGUGACUUCUGGUUUGCCGGCACAGAUUUAGGUUCAGAGGGCCAAUUUUACUGGUACACAAAUGGAAAACAAGUUGGACCAUUUCAUUAUUUCCCGAAGUUCAACGAGACUCACGACAGGGAGCCCAACAACGCGUUCGGCAAUGAAAACUGUCUCUGCUACACUGCAAGACUCUCCGGCACUAAUGGUCGCGUUUGGAAUGAUGUGGACUGCUUAGGUACUGGAUUGAGGUUCAUUUGUGAACUUGCCUCCUAAGUUUAAAUUGACUUAAGCUAACAAUCGGCCCAAAUAUAAAAUAAAUAAAUAAAGUGUUGAUAACAAAAAAUUUGAAGUGAAUAAGGAUUUUUAUGCACAUCAAAUUUUUUUAAAACUUAAUUUUAAUAAAGCGUCAAAGCUAGAAAACAUAAGAAAUUUUUUUCGUGAAAUAUAAUUGUAGUGAAUGUAUUAUUUUGUCUAUUAUCUGAUAAACUUGCUCCACAGUAGAGAACGAGUUUGAAAUAAAUUAAAAAAUAAGAAUUUCACAGCUAGCAAAAGAUCUAAAAGCAUUCUUCUAAUUGCCUUUUUCAGAAUCGGAUUAAUUAUUUUGAGUUUUGAACGAUUUGGCCAAGUUUUGCCCAAAAAAUAUGAAAUAAAAUGUAAUCUGCUUGAAAUUGAAUUAAUUAUUCCAAAAUAAAACAGUUUUAUUAUUAUUAUUAUUAUUGUUUAUUCUUCUCGGUCAAUACAAAAAUUUAAAUUGGAAAAAAGAGAAGAAAGGGUUUACAACUAGCAGAUGUCUGCUAAAACGCCCGACAUCAAAACAUCUUUUCUAUAAUUUUAUUAAAUUAUUGCAGCAAACAGCAUAUCGCUGCCAAAAUUUUCUAAUUAUUUCAAUAAAACCAAGCGAAAAAACAGUCUGUAAAUUGUCCUAAACGACUUUUUUUUAUCAUGUAACA